GAAACGGUUCACAGCAGCGGAGAGAAAAGGAAGACUGAAGGAAACCUAAGGAUGCCGCCAUCCGUUGUGCUUUCGCUUCUGUUGGGCCUGGGAGGGAGCUGGGCUCAGAGCCAAGUCGCUCGCAUCUACGAUCUUCCCAACCAAGACGGAAGCGGAGCCUAGAGCGCAAGGACGGGGUAUUGCAUGGACUUCAGGAAUUGCGGUCGAUAUGUCACGGAUAAUGUCGUCUCCAGUGCUUGCGUCACCGGCGUCUGGAUAUUCUACAGCGAAUACUCUUACAACUACCAGAACGUAGGAGCCGUGGAAUGGAUCUACGGGGACGACUACCGAUCGAACUUGAAGACCGUCGGCAACCAAGUCUCUUCUCUCAGGUAUGCAGGAGACUCGAAGGACUGGAAAGCGAGCACCAUCACGCUCUACGAAUUUGAUCUGUUCGCCGGGAAGGAAUACUACGAGUCGGGAGACUCGACGGAAGUGCCGAGCGAGAUGACCACGGUCAGGUCCUUCAUCGUCACCGGUCAAGGUUUCUGGACCCUCUAUGCAUCGAAGAACUUCAACGGAAAUGGAAUUUGCGUCGGGGCCCAGCCUGGAAACUACGCUGGCUUCGCUCCGGACCUGAACGCCUUCGGCAUCGGCACCGUCAGGUCCUUCCGAAAAGCGUGUUUCACCAAAAGCACGACGGUCCAGCUCGACUCCGAUCAGCAUGGCGUCGUGUUGAAGGCGGCGGAGUAAUAGUAUUCCUCUGAAAUAAAUUCGUAGAGCAUCGCCCGUUGGCUUUGAUAAAAAAAAACCG